GUCCUCACAGUGUAGCCACUAAUCAUCGACGCUGUGUCAUCAAGACCUUGGCCAUAUUGCGAGGCUGAGUCAUAAGUGUCGAAUUCCUCCAUCAGCAAGUCUGAAUUAGUGCGAACUCGUCAGGACUGGUGGUUCUAAGACAGACGUUCGUUGGCGCCUCAAGAGUACUUCAAGUAAUAUCCGCGGAAGCGCCACGUGAGCUUUGAAUUCACUCAGCCACUUUACGAACCCAUCCUCCUCCAUGGCAUCUGCAGCUCUGUUUGGACUACUUCCAAGACCAAUCCAUGCAUCCUCAGUCUCCGACGAUGAAGAUGAACAGAUUGAAGCUACUGCAAUUUCUUCCUUGACCGUUAAAGCAUCACUACCUCAGUAUGGAAGCAGGAAGGGUUGGAAGCCCAUGAGUCAAGAACACUUUGGGGAUGGUGGGGCUUACCCAGAAUGUCAUCUUGCACAGUAUCCCCUUGAGAUGGGCCGAAAGAAGGCCUCAUCUGGGAACACGUUAGCUCUCCAGGUUGAUGCGGAUGGGAAUGUUCGUUACGACGCCAUCGCACAGCAGGGACACCGAGAAGGACGUAGGGUGUUUUCGCAGUUCAAGGACCUAGUACCCCUCACGAAUCGCACUGACUUGGACGAGAAGGCCCGGUUAAUGGAAAGGCCACCUGAAGAGGAAGUCCAGUCAACUGCCGAACGUACCCGCGUAGCACUCGAGAAGCUUGUAAACGUGCGCAUUAAGGCGGCCCAACCAAGCAAUGUUGGUAGCACUCAGGGUAAAACAACGUACGUGCGGUAUACCCCUGGGCAGCAAGGGCAAGGGAAUGGGAAAGAUGGUCUUAAGCAGCGCAUUAUCAAGAUGUCAGAGGCUGUUGAGGAUCCCCUGGAGCCGCCACGGUUUAAGCACAAAAAGAUUCCCAAAGGACCACCCAGUCCUCCGGCCCCCGUUCUGCGCAGUCCUCCGAGGAAGGCAACUGCGCAAGAGCAGAAGGAGUGGAUGAUCCCUCCAUGUAUUUCUAACUGGAAGAACAACAAAGGUUUCACAAUUCCACUUGAUAAGCGGUUGGCAGCCGAUGGUCGAGGUUUGCAGGAUAUACACAUCAACGAUAACUUCGCUAAAUUCUCGGAAGCACUCUUCGUAGCCGAUCGCCAUGCGCGCGAGGAAGUCCGUGAACGAGCACUCAUGCAGCAGCGACUCGUUGAGAAGGAAAAAGCUGCCAAGGAAGAACAUCUCAGGGCACUCGCCCAACGUGCCCGCGAGGAGCGCGGCGGUGUGGCACCUGCACCUGCCAAACCGCCAGUGACAGCUGAAGGCGGCGCAGCUGUCAAGUCAGCAUUGGGUGCUUACGGUAGCGAUUCCGAGAGCGAGGGCGCUAGUGAGGGUGAGGGUGAGGACAGCGAGGAUGAGGAAGCCAGAAAAGUACGAGAUGAAAUGCGCGCUGAGAAGCGACGUGAGCGUGAGCGCGAGAUGCGCAUGAACAAUAUGGGGACAGAGCAGAGAGCGAAAUAUCUCGCCAGGCAAGAAAACAGAGAUAUCUCUGAAAAGAUUGCCCUUGGCCUUGCUAAGCCCACUAUGUCCAAGGAAUCGAUGCUUGACUCCCGCCUCUUCAACCGUGAGACGCUCUCCAGCUCAUUCGCAUCUGAGGACGCAUAUAAACUCUAUGAUCGACCCCUGUUCCAUGGCUCAUCUGCUGCCGCAGCCAUCUACAAGGCGCGUGGUAACAUUGAUGAGGGCAAUGACGAAACAUUCGGUGGUGGGACGGAGGAGGGUAUUGCGAAGGCGCUUGCUAAUGAUCGGUUCGAAUUGGGGCGUGCUUCAAAAGGAUUUGAGGGUGCGAACGAACAGGAAGUCCGUGAAGGGCCGGUUCAGUUUGAGAAGGAUACUGGUGAUCUUUUCGGUGUCAAUCAAUUUUUGGAUGAGGCCAAGCGCGGGACAAAGCGAGGACUAGAUACUGGGGCGUGAGUGUCUGGCCUUUCGCAAAAUAAAU